AAAGAAGCUCGCGAUGGCCCACCAACGGCCUCGUCACGUCCAAGCCUCUGUGCUCGAUCUCGCUGGCGUGCCCGUGGCGAUCGUCCAGUACACGCCGACGCCGCACGAUGUCGUCUCCUUCCUAGAGGCGCUGCCAGCCGCGAUGCGCUCGCCAGGCCUGGCGGCGGUCCUCCAGCUCUUGUCAGCGCCGUCUGGUGCCACGCACUGGCCGGUACUGUGCCUGAACGAUCUCAGCGACGACACGAUCGAUAGUAUUGGCGCCAUCAUCAACAUCGUCAACGCGGUGCGCAUCACAGGCGUGUGCUUUAGCGAACGCUGGCCGCGCGACCCCAACUUCAACGUGCCAUUCUGCGGGUUUGUGGCCAAGUGGGCCGCCAAAGUGACGACCGUCGACCUCGCCACCACUUGCCUUCCCAAGCAUCGCGAUGAGUGUUGCCGCGCGCUGGCCCGCUGCACGCGCCUCAAACGCGUUGGUAUCACAAUCGACGAGCCCGGUUUUCUGGAGGCCGUGACGUCGCCGGCGCACUGCGUCUCCGAGCUCGAGCUCGCAGUCAUUCGAUUUCGGUACGUUCCCGCAGCUUCCACAAUGGCCGCGGCGCAGCGCUGGCUGGCGUCUGGCCACGCGUGCUCCUUGGUUCUCCGUAACUUGAACCCACCGACGGACGCGGGUCUUGUGUGCGCGCUGGUGUCGUCGCCCACGCUCGCGAGCCUGCGCAUGGACCAGUCGCAUGCACUGUUCAUAAGCCUUGCUACCUACAUCGAAGAGCAAACGGUCUGCGGGCGCUUCAUCUUGACCGGGCUGCGUCCAUUGCCAGCGUUAAAGACACUGGUGCUCCGAAGCAUACGCAACGUUGGUCUCGGCCAGCAUAUUUUCGCCUUGGUCGCGCAAUCGUUAGUGCUCGAGCACUUGUGCUUUGAGUACAUGGACCUCCGUGGCGUCGUUGCGACCCAACCGAGGGUAUCAUCAUCGACGACACUCCGCACGCUCGCGUUCAACUGCGUUGUGUUGUCCGAGUCAAGCCUCGAAGCGACGCUCACCUGGAUCACGCGCUCACGUCAUCUCGAGUCGAUCACGUGGCAUGACGUUGAGUACUUUAGUGUCCACGCCGGUUGCGCGGCCAAUGCGCUGCGUCGCUGCAUCGACGCCGGUGCGUGCCGCGUGCGAUUCGCCAACUGUGGCAUCGACACCAACGGCGCAACUGUGUUGGCUGCAGCGCUGCUCGAGACGCAUGCGCGUGUCGCUUUCGACCUCGAUCUCUCGGGCAACUUGAUGGGUCUCCGAGGCGUGCAAGCGCUGCUGACAGCGGUAGCAACGUGCACCAACGUCUCGGUCAAGCUGCCACUUUGGUGCAAAGACUUUGUCGAGAACAACAACUGCCUGCCCGUGGUCAAGAUGAGAGCCGCUGACGUCGCCAUCUACGCCAUACGCUGUCUACUUCCAGAGCCCUAUAUCUGCCAACUCCACAACGACGCACGCGUUGUCGUAAGCUCGUAAUGUGCGCUGGAAUCAUGCCUUAUUCUACGGUAAAUGGAUAACAAAUGUGGUGACGACAAGCA